GAUCCGUGACGUCACUUCCGUCUGUCUCGUCCUUGUCGCUGAGGUCGCCGCGCGGAGUCGCACAGCAACAGCAGCAGCACGCGGAGUCGCCAUGCGGAGCCUCGUGGUAUUAAGGCAGCUUGCCCAGCGCAACUUCAGCAGCAGUAGCCGCCUCCAGUUAAAAAACCGCGUGCCCGAGCUCCAGAAAGUGUUCCAGGAGGACAACGGACUUCCUGUGCACUUGAAGGGCGGUGUCAGGGAUGCCGUGCUCUACCGGGUCACCAUGACCCUCACCGUCCUGGGUACGGGCAUUAUGGCGUACCAGUUGUUCCAGGCUGCGAUGCCACAAAACAAGUAGUCAAGAUUCUUCGCUGUGUUGGGAUGAUCGAUACAAUGCAAGAUGCCGUGGCAUUCAAAUUUAACGAGUAUAUACCAUUAACUAUACACAGGCUGCUGGGCAUCACGUAUACAUUUACAAGUGCACACAUCGUCUUGUCCUGCCAUUUACAUCAACAUCUGUUCCUCCAGCAAAGUUGUUCAUAUCAGCCAGAGUUUGAUUACAACAGGUACAUGUAUUGGUUAUGACAUAUACAGGCAUGGCAGCAAGCAUUUCACUAACUUGUCAUCCUAACACUUCUUGUGGACCACGUGUAAUGCAACUGUAGAUUGUUUCAGGGCAUGUUCAUGUUUUAUUUUUCCUGUACUUGUUUAAAAUGUUUGUGGGAGAUGAAACUGUCGAGGGAUACAAUAUCUGGAAUUGAUGUUCAAUAUUGCGGUUUUGCUUGUUUUAAGCUCUCCACAAAACGCUGUUUCACUGAAAUGUGUGCGGUCGUCAAGUGGUCCAAUAAAAUGUUUAAUUUAA